CUAUACCUGUAUACAAUCAACGUUUUCUUUUUCAACUACAUUUUUACCUAAAUUGCCUGGUCUAAAUAAACGCGUCAUUUUGUUAUUAUAAUUUGACAAUUUGAUACAUAAUUUCGUAAAUUUUGGAAAAAGAAUUAUUUAAAAUUUUUCUAUGUUACAUUUCAUUCAUCAUUUAUAAUAAAAUGUUAUUCCCUUUCGAACUGUUUGUGUCAAGAGUGACUAUGGUGUGCAAAGUGGAAAGCUGACCAUAGCUAUGUUGGGUCGGCUGGCUGGGAGACCGUAUAAGAACUUGCUUGGUAUCGAUUCCUUCGUGUGUACACUCGCGCGUUUCUCUUUUGCUGUCUCAGAUUACAGGGCUCGUUCUGCUUAUACAUGUUUGUAGCGGCAGCAUCGUCCGUUGUCUUUGCAAACGGCGGUGUCUACGACUUUUUAAGUGUAGAAUUUUCAUUACCUGUAAUUAAGUGUUGCAACGCGCAAGUUCUUGGUACUCCAUCAGUAUUAUAAUUUGCGACAUACUUCCCUAAAAAUAUUUUUAAACAAUUUUUAUUUUACAUAAAUAGUUGAUUUCAUAAGAUAUCAGUCCCACGAAAUAACUCAUGUACUGAAUAAUGAACCAUGCUCGUAAACAAAAUAACUAUCAUUUUGCAUCUCUCGUGUAAAAAGAUAUUUAUAAAAUAAUCAUUAAGAGGAUUAAUGAAAGCCUGUGAUUUAUUCGACAGGUAGAUAUCAGGUACAUGCUGAUAAGAUUACAGUUAUCACACUGGUAGCCGCUGUUACGUCGUAACAAUAUAUAUAUUGUCGAUUUAACAUAAUCUUUUACGGAGAACGAUUCACACGUACGUACGAUGCACGUUUCAGAGCUCAGUCUGUCACCUGCACGCGACGUGGAUAGCCGGCCGAUAUGCGAUCGUGACAUUUAUCGUGGAAUGCGGCAGUAGCAUCAAUUUUAAUGAUUUUUGCAGCACGUAUAAGAUGUGAAUAUCGGAACGUACAGAUAAAUCACGUAAAGUCAAUUUUGUUCUUCGUCCACGUUUUCUUCGUCUUUGCCGAGUUUAGUCCCAAAAUGUGAUACUAAAUAAAAAUCUCCAGCGGUGUUUCGUGUUCGUUGUAUAACUAUACUUUGUACACAAUUUACCUUUUAAAAUUUUUUAAAAAGUCAUAAAUCUCUGUCGUGCGUUUACCGCUACCGGACGUUACCGGAUGCGUUAGAGUUUUGUUUAUAGCUUGCAGCAAAAUUCAAUCGAGUGAAAGGAACGCCGACCGCAGGGCACAGGCUUAGGGAGAAACAGCGUUAUCGCGAACAUUCGUGUUUACCAUCGUAUUCGUGAAAGUUUUCGUCCGGAUUUGAGGGAAUACUCACUCUUGAAAAAUGGAUAACGUCAACGAGCAAACGUCUCUCGUGGAUCGCGGGAGAGUAGCGAUGUCCACGAAGCUCGCCUACGCUCUUGGACACAUUUUCAAUGAUCUGGCAGCCGCAAUGUGGUUUUCCUACACUCUGAUCUACCUGCAACGAGUGGCGUCGUUGGAACCCAUUAUUGCCGGGUCGUUUUUACUUUUGGGACAAGUCAUCGACGCGAUUAUGACGCCCGUGUUCGGUUUCCUGGUCGAUCGCUACUGCAAGAAGAAAAUCUGGCACGUUAUCGGUUCCAUCAUGGUGACUUUCAGCUUCCCCGUGAUAUUUGGCGGUUUCGCCAAGUCAUCCAGUGGGAUCGUCAUGUUGUUAUACGUAACGAGUAUCACGAUCUUCCAAACGGGUUGGGCGGCCGUACAGAUCUCUCAUCUAUCAAUGAUUCCUUCAUUAACCAAUUCUCUCCUGGCUCGGGCUGAUUUGACCGCAAUAAGAUAUUCCGCCCAAGUCGGUGCGGCGGUGGUGGUUUUCCUGGUCACGUGGAUAGUUUUGCCGACCAGCGGCGAAUCGAUCGUUCAACUGGAUCAGCAGGACGAUUACAAAUUCAGAAAUAUCGUUUUGAUACUGACCACCCUUGGCCUUACCGCGACCGUUUUCUUCCACAUUUUCCUGAAAGCGAAUCUCUUGGAGCAAACGCCGCACUGGGACGAAGGGAAGAGGGACGAGGAGGUGGCCGAAUCGUCGGAGCAUUCGUUCAAUCGUCGGCUGUCGUGGCUCGGCAUCACGGUCCUGCUGCGAGUCGCGAUGCUCUAUGUGGCGAGCAGAUUGUUCAUCACCCUGGCGACGGUGUACUUACCGCUGUACAUAGAAGAGAGCAAGGUCGGUGGCAAGCAAGCCCUGGCCAGCGUACCUUUGGUGUCAUACGUAUCCUCGUUCGUAGCCGCUCUGCUGCUCAAGCACAUCAACAGGGCAUGCGGUCUGUUAUUUCCUGGGCGCUGUAAUCGGCAUCCUGGCCGCCGUCGUUACGGAGUUGAUCGGAAGCAGCACGACAGUCGCGUGCGCUAUCGCUGUGUUAAUCGGCGCGGCAAGUUCCAUCACGAUGGUCACCGCGUUAAGCGUCACCGCGGAACUAAUCGGCUCGAGGACGGAACGCAGCGCACUCGUGUACUCUAUCGUUACUUUUCUCGACAAGAUCAUCACCGGCCUCGUGGUGAUAUUAAUCGAGAGAUGGAGAUGCAACGACCAGGAACUUUGUCCGAGUUACAACCGAGACGCACUGUCCGCCGUGUGCGCUUCCUCGAUGAUACUGGGACUCGUAACUUUGCUGUCUGUAUCGCGUUGCCUGACAUGACACGAUUCACAUUUUCUGCACUAUGCAAUAAUCACGUAAUUUAUUCUCUCAUUAAAAACUGCCGGCAAUCGAAUAAACAUAUUUCGUUUCCCUUAUGCAUGCUGCUAUUAUUUAUUCCUUUCUUUUUUCCUGUUCGAUCAAAAUGUACGAUUGAUCUCUUUUCUUUUUUUUUUUAUUGAUAAAGUCAUUAGAAACAUGCCUACUUGGCUGAUGCGUGCACUCGCAACAAUCGCGAUACAAAUUGCGCGACUUGCGUCGAGAUCGUAUCUAUGCUGCCCCCGGACACAGUCGCGCCUCGCGCCUAUUACUCAAUUUCUUUUUUUUUUAUUAAAACAAAAUAUAAAUACAUAUGGCGCUGGGAACUAGCCCAUAUUGCCCGCUCUUUACAAAUGAAAAAAAAACAUUUCUUAAACUCUUAAGAAAAACAUGAGUGAUAUGAACUCUUAACCUCUCGCACAUAUGUUGUAAACAAUAUACGCUAAAUAAUCCAAAGGAGGGUUGAAGGCGAUCUUGUUCCAACCGGAACAAUUUAUAAAAAAAAAAUGUUGUAAACAAUAACCACCUCAAUAACUAUGAAAUUCAAAGAUUAUCGAAGAAUACAAAACUCAUUCAGUAC